GUUUACUGUCUACGUUUUACGUCAAGAUUCUGAAAAAAAAAACAUUUACUUUUUCCUACUUAAUACCAAACUAAUGUAUUUUUUGAAAAUGUAUCGAUUCUUUCAAUAAUUCUGUGUAGCGUGAAGAUUCAAAUACGUUUCUAAUUAACCCUCAAAUGGCUGCAAUAGCAAAAGAACUGUGCCGACUUUGCAUGGAACCAUGUUCCAUGGAUGUCAGGACCAGUCGUUCCAUUCAAGAUCCGGAAAUGCAUUCCAAGCUUACUUCCGUUUUUCUGUUUGAACUUCCGAUCGAGAACUCCUUACCGAAUGUGGUAUGUUCGGACUGCGUUCACAAAGUCUCCGAUUGGUAUUCCUACCACGAAACGGUGCAACUUAAUCAGCAUCAAUUGAAGGAGGCUACUAUCAGGGAAAAGGAGCCCAAAUCAGAAAUAACGCUGGAAUCGGUGAAGCUAGAAAUUCAUGACGAUAAUUACCAGGACGAGCAAGAUCCAGUAGCAUCCGAGGAAGUCGAUGAAGAGAUCAAACAAGAAGAUGAUUACAACGUAGAUUCUGAUUCGAGUGAAAGCAGUGAAGAACCAGCACCAAAAAGAACUAAAAGGAAGUACACUAAGCGAUCUGCGUUAGAUGUCGAGAAAAAGAAACCAGAUGAGGCGAGGAUCCAAAGGACAAAGGAAGAAAACAUAAAGAUUAGGGAAUUCUUCAAGCUAACUUGUGAGGUGUGCUCCGAGACAUUUGACGAGUUGUACCGGUUACAACAACAUACCCAGAAGAAGCACAAUGUACGUGCUAGCAUCAAAUGUUGCAAUCGUGUGAUGUAUAAGAAGUGCAGGAUAAUUGAACACAUUGAUGCGCAUGUGAAUCCAAAUCAGUUUCAUUGCGAGCUGUGUAAUAAAAGCUACAAAACAAAGUAUUAUUUAGAUUUACACAACGUUAAAUCGCACAGCAGCUCGGAAGAGAAGCCGUUCAAAUGUGAAAAAUGCCAUCGAAGUUUCCCAAAGGCAUUUCUUCUGAGGGCCCAUUUGCAGACUCAUGUCCAAGCGGAGUGCACAAUCUGUCACAAGUUGCUGGCUAGUGCGUUCACUUUGCGAUGCCACAUGGAAAUAAUGCAUGGCGAGCGUGCAAGUCUGGUUUGUGAAACAUGCGGCCAGGAAUUUCGUACCAAGUUGGGACUGGAGCGACACAUCUUGAGACACCAGGGAGUGGUUACGAUCGAACGGGUUCAGUGCCACAUCUGCAGCAAAUGGGUAAGCGGCCGGCAGAAUCUGAAGACCCACGUAAAUAUCAUGCACUCUGAGAAGAACAAACCGGUGACGUGUAAUAUCUGUAAACAUACUUAUCCGAACGUGAGGGCAAUGGCCAGCCACAAACGGAGAGUACACGUUGAGGAAAAGUUUGAGUGCGAAUUUUGUGGCAAAAAGUUCAAAAGGAAAAUCUAUUUAAAGGAACACCGAGCAUCCCAUACGGGUCAAAUCUUGUACUCGUGCGAUGUGUGCGGAAUGACUACCAAUUCCAACGGAAAUCUGUACUCACACAAGAAGAGCAAACACCCGGAGCAGUGGAUGGAAGCGAAGAAGAAAGCGAUCGAGUUGGCUUAUGGAUAAUUUCGAAGAUAGUAGUUGAAUUUUUUUUUCGUUUUAAAUAUAACAAUUAUUAUUCUCUACCACAUGA